GACACUUCGGCCGGGCACCCGCGGGCCGAGCGCACCGCCGCCGCCGAUGCGCCUGGUGGCCAGACUCCAAGAGGGACCGGCGGACGCGCAGCUUCGCGAAGCUGAUGGAGACUCGAGCCCUGGAACCAAGGACUCGAGACACUUAUGGUGCCACCAGCCACCUUCCCAACAAGGGGGCACUGGCUAAGACCAAGAAGAACUUCAAAGACCUGAUGUCCAAGCUGACAGAGGGCCAGUAUGUGCUGUGCCGGUGGACAGAUGGACUGUAUUACCUUGGGAAAAUCAAGAGGGUCAGCAGUUCUAAGCAAAGUUGCCUUGUGACUUUUGAAGAUAAUUCCAAAUACUGGGUCCUGUGGAAGGACAUACAGCAUGCUGGCGUUCCAGGAGAAGAGCCCAAGUGUGACAUCUGCCUGGGGAAGACAUCAGGGCCGAUGAAUGAGAUCCUCAUCUGUGGAAAGUGUGGCCUGGGUUACCACCAGCAGUGCCACAUCCCCAUGGCAGGCAGUGCCAACCGGCCCCUCCUCACUCCUUGGUUCUGCCGACGCUGCAUCUUCGCACUGGCUGUGAGGAAAGGCGGCGCGCUGAAGAAAGGCGCCAUCGCCAGGACGCUGCAGGCUGUGAAGAUGGUGCUGUCCUACCAACCCGAGGAGCUGGAAUGGGACUCGCCCCACCGCACCAACCAGCAGCAAUGCUAUUGCUACUGCGGCGGACCCGGAGAGUGGUACCUUCGGAUGCUGCAGUGCUAUCGGUGCAGGCAGUGGUUCCACGAGGCCUGCACACAGUGCCUUAAUGAACCCAUGAUGUUUGGAGACCGGUUCUACCUGUUUUUCUGCUCCGUGUGUAACCAGGGCCCAGAGUACAUUGAGAGGCUGCCCCUUCGAUGGGUGGAUAUAGUUCACCUGGCCCUCUACAACCUGGGGGUGCAGAGCAAGAAGAAAUACUUUGACUUUGAGGAAAUUCUGGCCUUUGUCAACCAUCACUGGGAACUCCUGCAGCUUGGCAAGCUCACCAGCACCCCUGUGACGGAUCGAGGACCACAUCUCCUCAAUGCUCUGAACAGUUAUAAAAGCCGGUUCCUGUGUGGCAAAGAGAUCAAGAAGAAGAAGUGCAUCUUCCGCCUGCGCAUCCGGGUCCCACCCAACCCUCCCGGCAAGCUGCUACCCGACAAGGGGCUGGUGCCAAGUGACAGUGGAACCUCAGAACUGCUGCUGCGUAAGAGAGGAAAGAGCAAGCCUGGUUUGUUGACUCACGAAUUCCAGCAGCAGAAAAGGCGAGUUUAUAGAAGAAAAAGAUCAAAGUUUUUGCUGGAAGAUGCUAUUCCCAGUAGCGACUUCACCUCAGCCUGGAGCACCAACCACCACUUGGCCAGUAUAUUUGACUUCACACUGGAUGAAAUUCAGAGUUUAAAAAGUGCCAGCUCAGGCCAGACUUUCUUCUCGGAUGUGGACUCCACCGAUGCUGCUAGUACCUCUGGCUCUGCCUCUACCAGCCUCUCCUAUGACUCCAGGCGGACAGUGGGCAGCCGCAAGAGAAAGCUGGCAGCCAAAGCGUACAUGCCCCUGCGGGCAAAGCGCCGGGAAGCUGAGCUGGAUGGACGCUGCCCCUCAGACAGCAGUGCAGAGGGGGGUCUGGGCCCCGAGCGGCCAGACGAAGGCAUUGACAGUCACACAUUUGAGAGCAUCAGUGAGGACGAUUCAUCCUUGUCCCAUCUCAAAUCAUCUAUCACUAACUACUUUGGUGCAGCGGGGCGGUUGGCCUGUGGGGAGAAGUAUCAAGUGUUGGCUCGGAGGGUCACGCCAGAGGGCAAGGUUCAGUACCUAGUAGAAUGGGAAGGGACCACCCCUUACUGACUACUGUGCCUCGGGCAGCCAAGAGCCCUGGAAACCAAAGGAGGGACAGCAAAAACCAUAGACUCCCCGUUUCCUCCAGGUUGGGGUAUGGGAGAGAAGCAGGACAGUCUUUAAGUGCCUGGCAAUGGUCCCUGCCUGCCUCCCAAGGUCUGUGUGCUGCUAUGCCAACUGCCUUUGUCUCUUAAGGCCUCGCUGGCUUUCUCCAUCAUCUACACUCUCCAUACCCCUCAAAUUCUGUUUAUUGGUUCUUCUGAAUUCAUAUCCCCCUGGCUGUGACCUUUGAUCCUAGGGCCUGAAUCUCUCCCUUUGUCCCCAGUCCCAGUUCUCUGUUCCUUCACCUCUUCACCCGUUUUAGGUGUUUUAUGUAUUCACAUAUCUUCCAUGUGCACAUCAGUCCCUCACUGGAUAUCUUUCACACCAGACUUACAGGGACAGGUCCUCAUUGGGACCAUGUUGAAAGAGGGGAACCCCUGAGGGAGGGGUAAGGUGGAACCUCUUCUGUUUUUCUGCCAAUGCCCCUAUCCCAGGAAGUACCUGAGAAAGUUCACAUGUGCCUGGGACCCAGAGCCUGGGGAAUGAUGAACGGGGUCUCUGCUGAAGGAACUGGCAUCCGUGUCCUUCAAGUCUGAGAGGGAAGGCUGCAAGAGUCAGUGAGGGCCCCCAGAUGUUUGUGCGUCUCUGGCAACAGCCCCCUCACUUUUGUCAUGGAGUGGAGCCUGGUCUUGCUGGACCAGAGGUGACUUAGGAAACAAGAGUUGGGAAAGGAAACCAGAUCAGACAAAACUCCAGACCCGUCACACAGACACCACCAUGAGCACAAACAUACACAGCAUACACUCCUUCCAGGGAAGCCUGGCUCCUGCCCUUGCCUCCAUCUUGGCCUCUUCCAAAGGCUCGUGCUGCAAGUAAAUGUGAAAGCCCAGCUCCUGCUCCCUUCCUCUAGCCUGUGAACCAGCCUUGGCCCACAGGGAACCACAAAGGACUUCUGCACAUCCCCUGCCUUUCACUGGAACUGACAAUCACUUUGGGGACAGGCUGGGGUUUUUCAAGGGCCUGAGUCACUCAGUCCUCUCAGAAGGAAGCCUUUGUCAUUGAGGGUAUGAAUAGAAUUGUUAGAAGGGGCAAACAGCUCCAUUUGGAGGGAAACCAAAAUUUUAGGAGGGGGCGGGGACCCCUUGUUUUUGCUGCUUCCAGAACUAUUAGAAACUGACUCACUUGGUUGGAAAAUGGAAAGAAGUGCCUUGGGGAAGGGGACAGGGGUACCAGAUAGGAACCGGCCUUACCAACUGCUGCUGUGGCCUCGGCGGUUUUGCAAGCUGCCAGCUGGAAAGGGAGGGUAGGUGGAGUGGAGGGGCAGCAGUGGGACAGAAGACCUGAGAAGCUGUUUGCUGUGACUAGGCCUGACAUGCUUCCCAUCUGUGAGUAUUCAGGGGAUCCCUGGAAUAGGUUAUAUAACCCCUGCCUUAAACCUCAGCAAUUAUAGUGCCUUGCAAAGGGACCUCACCUCACACCCUGUACACAGUUGCCCAUUUCCCUCUGAGUCCCUGUCCUGGCCCAGGGUAGGAGGAACAGAUGGGCAUUGGGCCCAGAUCUCAGCCUAACAGCUGCUGCCACUGAGGCCCCCAAGUGGUGCUGGGUAGAAGGGAAGUUGAGAAGCCAACUCAGCCCAGCAGGAGUGUGGGACCUGGGGUCUAAUCUCUAACUCCUUUUGGCUUCCAUCAGCACAGCAACCUCCAACGCCUGCUUUCCAAGCUUCUGUAAAAGCCAGAGAGCAAGGUUAGCUAUUGUCCAUCUGCUUCUAUCCUGCUGUGCUCCAGAAGCUCUGGGCAAGGGGAGCAGGAAGGCAGGAGGGGUGCUUGCCCCACUUGGGAAGACAGUACAAGGCCUAACCGGGUCACCCAACCCCCCCCCAACUUCAGCAUUUCAUUCCUACAGGAUAAUAGCUGCAUUACUGCCAACUGAUCUUAUAACCCUGUGCACCUUUGAAAAGAUAGGUUUUGAGUUGCUGCUUUUAAUAAUGUUUGUUAUAUUAAAAUUAUAAUUAAUGUGCCUGGUUUACAAUAUGAAA